CUGUAGUUACCGCAGGGACGCAGCACAGAUUGCAGCACUGAGAAGUUUGUAGUUAAGUUAAGCUGAAAAAGGCUAACAGCUAGCUGUGAGCUAUGAAAAAAGGCCAGGGACAACAAAACCAUGGCAGACCAGUUUUCCUACCACAUCCACCCACUACCACCAAACCUGAGGAACACAAACCCACCCAGCAUCAGCACCACAGGGGCAGACUGCCCCCAGUGAGGAGAUAUCCCAUAGCAGAACCUAGGAUCUUCUACUCUGAGCUGAUUAGCUCAAGCCCAGCCCAAGCCCAAGCCCAAUCUCAAGUGCAGGUCCCAGUGUUUGAGCCGAGUUUGUUGUGCCAAGCUGGAUAUGCUCCCAACACUUCGAAAGCAAGCAUUUUCCGGACUCCCACUGACCUCUUCAGUAUCAUAGAGAAGGACAGGCAUGGACCAACCACAGAGAUCCUGCAGAAAUCAGACUUCUCCUCAAGGGGCUACACAGCUAAAGUGCAGUUGCCUUACAAACACCCACCCGGCCAACCUCCCCGCAAGCUCGUGAUCGAGAGGCUGAGGCAGGAGUAUCUAAAGUUAGACAUCGAUGAACUCCUGGCUGAUCUUGGCAUUGAUUCCAAACAGCUGAUACCAAGAGAGCUGAGCAGUGAGGGCCACACAGAAGACGCCCACACAUCCAGAUCUAAAAGCCCCUCUCCACCUGAGGCAAAGAAACCAUGCCCACCAGUUUCUAACUACCUUCCUCUGGAGAUAUUUGACAAUGAGGAGUUUGACUGCAGGACUCCUGAGGACUGGUUAGCUCUGGGUUUUGAGCUAGACUCAACUGACCACAAACCUGUCCCAGCCAAGGCCCUCCUGCCAACCAGUGACAACAUCUCAGACACUGAGUACAUGUGGCAGUCUGUGGGGGUUCUGGACUAUUGCCCUGAGAAGAAGCAGUACCUGGUUCAGAAAGCGGAUCCACUCGGCCGGAUCAGAGACAGAAACGGAAAACCAGCUGUGCCUGGAGCUCAGCGGAACAAAGGCAAGUUGCUGGCAGGUCAGUUUUGGGUUCCGCGGAUCAGGCUGAUGUUCUGUGCUGAGGACCCGCGCAUUUUUGCUCAGAGGGUCCAGUUUGCCCUCAACUCCAGGAAGACCACCGAAGCCAUGCUGCUCUACAAUCUCUGUGUGGACUGCAUGCCGUUCUCCAGCGUGACGCCCACUCUCGAUCCUACCAGCCUCCAGCGCAUCAGAGACUUCACCCUCAGCACACCGGGCCUCAAACUGCCGCUUCUCCAAGAGCGUAUGAAACGUCUGGAGAAGGAGGUUGAGCUGCAUUACAAUCGCACCAUGAACAAACUGAGCUUUGACUGGGUCGUGCAGAAUAAACCUGAGGAGUUCUCUCAUAUCACCCUGCCCCAGGAGGAACCAGAGAGCGUGCCCCAAUCAGGCUUGGUGGCUGUGCCAGACUACCCCUUUAAGAAGAAUCGUGCUGCCUUUGCCUUCAACUACCUGCUGACCAAGCCAGAGGUCCUCUCAGCUCUAUCGAAGGUUAGAGUAGAGUGCGACCGAGUUGCAGCCAUGAGCCUCUUCCAAGUCAAAUCCUUCAAGCCUCUACGCCUAGAAGAGUUUGAGCUGGCUCAGUCCCAAACAUACACACAGGUGCAACUCUUCCUAAAAGAUUCCUGGGUGUCCACUCUGUGUCAGGGGAUCUGCUCCAGCCUGAGGCACGUGGGUAAAGGUUGGUUUAACCUGAAGGAGUCCUGUUGGGAAGUGUACCGCAUGUCCAAGAUGUGUCGAAUGAUGGCAUUGGUGCGCUACAGCCUGCAGGACUCGCUGCGUUUCCUGGUGCAGGACUCGCUGGCCAGCCUGGCCAAGCUGCUGAUGGACGCCUGCCACAGUGUGCUGGACUGCCCGUCUGAGCUCACCUGGGGGCCUGACCUUAUCAACAGCCCAUACAUGCCCAAGAAAAAACCAAUAUUCUCAGUGGGUCUGGUGAUUGAUCAGAGUGGAGUCCACUAUAGCACUCCGCUGGAGAACUUUGAGACCUCUGUUAUCAACCUAAUGGACAAAGGCAUCCUGUCCACACAUAAUGUGCCUCAACUGGAGAAGUUUGUGAUGGAGAAUUUGUUCAUCAGUGGAGUUCCUCUGCUGGAGUCGGUGGGUCUGUAUGAGCUGGAAGUGAAAAAGCUCAGAAAGAGAAUAAGUCGUACCCUCAGCCAGGCUGCCAUUCCUCUCCGAGCCUACGCCCGAGAAUACGAGGGUUACCUGGAUCUGCACAACUCUGACAUCAACACCCUUCUGAAGCAUCACAGUGAGGAGAACAUCACCCCAGCAGACGUGAAGCGGGAGGUGGAGAGGCACCUGAUGGAGAAAGAGAAUUUAGAAAAGUCUCUCCCAUCCACUAUUAUUAUCGGGCCGUUCUUGGUUGUUGUGGAGACUGUGCGACGGAAUCUGUCGGAGAAAUGCAGCACACUUGCCAAUGCUGUGUUGGACAGCUUUGCUCUGAAGCUUCGCAAUCAAGUGGAUCAGGCAUGUGAGGAGUGCAAAUCCAUCAGCAGAAGGCUGUAUGAAAAGCCUGACAGCAUCGAGGAGCUGACAGAACAGAGGGAGUGGAUCAAACAAAUCCCAGAUCAGCUGAAAGCUCAUGAAGAGCUGUUAUCAAAAGUCAUGACUGACUAUGAAGUAAUAGAUGAGUUUUUCUACAAUCUCCCCAAUGAGGAUUUCAAAGCAAAGUGGGCAGCGAAGGCUUGGCCCCUGAAGAUCCUCACUCAGAUAGAAAGUGUGCAGGUACAGCACCAGGAGGACGAGGACCGCUUCCAGAAGAUUCAGCUGGCUGACCAGAACAACUUCCAGGAGCGUCUGGAGUCCUUACAGAUGGUGGUUGCAGGUUUUUCAGCCUACACAGAUGUUAAUCGAGCUCAUGAGGUGGCGAAUGAAGUGCGGCGUAUUGGAAAGCAGCUGAAGGAGUCUCAGGCCAUGGCUCAGGUUUAUAAUAACCGUGAACGCCUCUUCAGCAUCCCUGUCACCAAUUACGAUCGGCUUCAGAAGCUUAUCCGAGACUUCCAGCCGUUCCAGGACCUGUGGUUGACCACCUCAGAUUGGCUACGGUGGCAUGACGGCUGGCUCAAUAACCCGCUGUCCACUAUCGACCCAGAAGAGCUGGAGCGCAGUGUCAGUGAUGCCUACAAAACCAUGCACAAGUGUGUCAAACAGUUAAAAGAUGUACCAGCCUGUCAGGAAAUGGCAUCCUACGUUCGUGGCAUCAUCGAGGACUUCCGGCCCUUCAUCCCGCUGUUCCAGGGCCUGCGGAACCCGGGCAUGCGCAGCCGGCACUGGGAGCUGCUGUCCGAGCGCAUUCAGAUGAAUGUGAUGCCGAAAGCCAGCCUCACGUUCUCCCGCUGCCUGGAGCUCGGCCUCGAGCAGCACGUGGAUGAGAUCGCCCGGGUCGCAGAAGUGGCUGCUAAAGAGUAUGGCAUCGAGCAGGCUCUGGACAAGAUGCAGCAUGAAUGGUCAUCUGUGGAAUUUGAGGUUUUGCCAUAUAAGAACACGGGAACCUAUAUCCUGAAGAGUCCUGACGAGGCGUCUCAGCUGCUGGAUGAUCACAUCGUGAUGACCCAGAGUAUGUCCUUCUCACCGUACAAGAAGCCGUUCGAGGAAAGGAUCAGCGCCUGGGAGAGCAAGCUCAGGAUGACUCAGGAUGUCCUGGAAGAGUGGCUGACCUGCCAGCGCUCCUGGCUCUACCUGGAGCCGAUCUUCAGCUCGGAUGACAUCAACAGGCAGUUGCCCUUGGAGGGGAAGAGGUACCAAACUGUGGAGGGCACCUGGAGGAAGGUGAUGAAGGGAGCUAAUGAGAAAAGACAGGUGAUUGAACUCUGCCCAGACCCUCGUCUGUUGGACAGCCUAAGGAACUGCAACAUGCUUCUGGAGCAGGUGCAGAAAGGGCUGAGUGAAUACCUGGAGACCAAACGUGGAGCUUUCCCCAGAUUCUAUUUCUUGUCUGAUGACGAACUUUUGGAGAUUCUAUCUCAGACCAAAGACCCAACAGCUGUUCAGCCUCACCUGCGCAAAUGCUUUGAGAACAUCGCCCGGCUCCAUUUCCAGCCAGACCUGCAGAUCACACACAUGUACUCUGCAGAAGGAGAGGAGGUCAAGCUGUUCCUCCCAGUGUGGCCUUCUGGGAAUGUGGAGGACUGGCUGCGUGACGUGGAGAAGUCCAUGAAGCUCAGUCUACGGGACUGUAUCGACCGAUCCCUCAGGGUCUACCCAGAGGAACCUCGCACAAAGUGGGUGCUGUCGUGGCCUGGGCAGGUGGUGAUCGCGGGCUGCCAGACGUUCUGGACCACAGAAGUCUCAGAGGCUCUGGAGAAGGGAGACCUGGCUGAGAGACUUUACCCUCAGCUCCAGAUACAGCUGGGGGACCUUGUGCAGUUAGUACGGGGCCGCCUGUCUAAAAUGCAGAGGACCAUCCUCUCUGCUCUCAUCGUGAUUGAAGUGCACGCUAAAGACGUGGCCGCCAAGUUGGUAGAAGAGGGCGUGGCCAGCGUCAAUGACUUUGAGUGGAUAAGCCAGCUCAGAUAUUACUGGAUGAGAGAUGAUUUGUACAUCAGAGCGGUGAAUGCUGAGUUUCUCUAUGGCUACGAGUACCUGGGUAACUCGGGUCGACUGGUCAUCACCCCACUGACAGACCGGUGUUAUCUGACCCUGAUGGGCGCUCUGCACCUGAAGUUCGGAGGAGCCCCAGCAGGUCCAGCUGGCACAGGAAAGACUGAGACCACCAAAGACUUGGGCAAAGCUCUGGCCAUUCAGACUGUUGUCUUCAACUGCUCAGACCAGCUUGACUUCCUCGCCAUGGGCAAGUUCCUCAAAGGUCUGGCUAGUUCCGGGGCCUGGGCAUGUUUUGAUGAGUUUAACCGCAUUGAUGUGGAGGUGCUGUCGGUUGUGGCUCAGCAGAUUGCCACCAUUCAAAAGGCCCAGCAGCAAAGGGUGGAGAGGUUUGUGUUUGAGGGAACAGAAAUCCCACUUGUUCCUUCAUGCGCUGUUUUCAUCACCAUGAACCCAGGCUACGCCGGCCGAACUGAACUGCCCGACAACUUAAAGGCUCUUUUCCGUCCAGUUGCUAUGAUGGUUCCAGACUACGCCAUGAUUGCUGAGAUUUCGCUGUACUCCUUCGGCUUCAGUGACGCCAAAGUGCUGUCCAAAAAGAUCACCAGCACCUUCAAGCUCUCCUCCGAGCAGCUCAGCUCCCAGGAUCAUUAUGACUUCGGGAUGAGAGCUGUGAAAACGGUCAUCUCUGCUGCCGGAAACCUGAAGAGGGAGAAUCCUGAGAUGAAUGAGGAGCUGAUCUGUCUGCGUGCAAUCAGAGACGUAAACGUCCCCAAGUUCCUGCAGGACGACCUUAAGCUCUUCAACGGCAUCGUGUCCGACCUUUUCCCCAAAACCCGCGAGGAGCCCAUCGAUUACGGCAGCCUGGAGGAGUCAAUCCGCAAAGUCUGCGAUGACAAAUGUCUGAAGGACGUUAAUGGCUACAUUACAAAGAUUAUUCAGCUGUAUGAGACCACAGUGGUGAGACAUGGCCUGAUGCUGGUGGGACCGUCAGGUUCAGGUAAAACUAAGUGUUACGAGGUGCUGGCAGCAGCCAUGACCGCUCUGCAGGGUCAAGCCUCGGUCAGCGGCGGCGUGUACGAGGCUGUGCAGACGUACGUCCUCAACCCAAAGUCCAUCACUAUGGGGCAGCUGUAUGGAGAGUUUGACCUGCUGACCCACGAGUGGACCGAUGGGAUCCUGUCGUCUCUGAUCCGCACUGGAGCCGCUGCCAUGGACGAGGAGAAGAAGUGGUACAUGUUUGAUGGUCCUGUUGAUGCUGUGUGGAUUGAGAACAUGAACACAGUGCUGGACGACAACAAGAAGCUGUGCUUGAGUUCAGGGGAGAUCAUCAAACUCUCUGAUGUGAUGACACUGAUGUUUGAGGUGCAGGAUCUGGCUGUGGCGUCUCCAGCUACAGUGUCUCGCUGUGGAAUGGUGUAUUUGGAGCCCAGUAUUUUGGGGCUCUCUCCGUUCACGGAGUGCUGGCUGCGCACUAUUCCCACUCUGCUGCAGCCGUACGCUCAGCAGCUCGACUCACUCUUCACCCGGUUCCUGCAGCACUCGAUCACAUUUGUGCGGAAGUCGGUAACUGAAGUGAUCACCACGAUGGACAGCAACCUGACCUGCUCUCUGCUCAAACUGCUAGACUGCUUCUUCCAGCCUUUUGUUCCACAGGAGGGAGAGAGGCCUCCUUCUCAGGAGAAGUUGGACCGUGUGUGUGAGCUGAUUGAACCUUGGUUUAUCUUUUCUCUUGUAUGGAGUGUUGGGGCCACUGGAAACGCUGCAAGCCGCCAACGCUUCAGCUCCUGGCUCAGGGAGAAGAUGGUCCAGGAGAAGAUAGAGUUGUGCUUCCCAGAGGAGGGACUGGUGUACGACUACCAACUGGAUGAUUCAGGAAUCAGUAACCUGCAUGAGGAUGAUGAAGAUGGCAAGGAGGGGAAGGUUCAUUGGGUCAACUGGAUGAAGUACGCUGCAGAUGUUGUCAUCACCCCAGAAACCAGCUACUCUGACAUCAUUGUGCCCACUGCUGACACCAUACGCAUGUCCUUCUUGAUGGACAUGCUGCUGUCCAAUAAGAAGCCAGUGCUGUGCAUUGGGCCCACAGGCACAGGGAAGACGUUGACUAUGUCCGAUAAACUGCUGAAUAACAUGCCAGCUGAGUACAUUACACACUUCCUCACAUUCUCAGCUCGCACUUCUGCUAACCAGACUCAGGAUUUAAUCGACAGCAAGCUGGAUAAAAGACGGAAGGGUGUGUUCGGUCCUCCACUGGGGAAGUACUUCAUCUUCUUCAUCGAUGACCUUAACAUGCCCAUGCUGGAGACUUACGGAGCGCAGCCGCCCAUCGAGCUCCUGCGCCAGUGGAUGGACCAUGGGGGCUGGUAUGACAGAAAGCAGAUAGGAACCUUUAAGCAGUUGGUGGACAUCAAUUUCGCCUGUGCCAUGGGUCCUCCCGGCGGAGGCCGGAACCCCAUUACCCAGCGUUUCACCCGCCACUUCAACUGCCUCUCCUUCACAGAGAUGGCGGACUCCAGCAAGAGGACCAUCUUCUCCACCAUCCUGGGCAGCUGGAUGGAAAAGGCUCCUCAGCUGCUGCCACUGAAUGAGCCGGUGGUGGACGCCACUAUUAAGGUUUAUUCCACCAUCACCUCUGAGCUGCUGCCCACCCCGGCCAAAUCCCACUACACUUUCAACCUGCGCGACCUGUCUAAGGUGUUCCAAGGGCUGCUCAUGGCUGAGGCUGGAAAGAUAGAGGAUAAGGUUCAGCUGCUGCAGCUGUGGUACCACGAGAGCUGCCGUGUGUUCCAGGACCGGCUGGUCAGUGCAGAAGACAGAGACUGGUUCGAUCAGCUCCUCCAGCAGCGCAUUAAGGAGUUCGGCUGCAGCUUCCAGGAGGUGGUGCCCCACCGGCCUCUUCUCUUCGGAGACUUCAUGAUCCAUGGUGCUGAGAACAGAGUAUACCAACUUAUUGAAGACAGAGAGAAGCUGGUGCGGGUCGUAGAGGAGUAUAUGGAGGACUAUAAUCAAGUCAGCACCACUAAAAUGAAGCUGGUGCUCUUCAUGGACGCCAUCCAGCACGUGUGCCGAAUAAGCCGGAUCCUUCGGCAGCCGCUGGGGAACGCUCUGCUGCUGGGGGUCGGAGGCAGCGGCCGCCAGUCCCUAACCAAACUGGCCACAUACAUAUCUGAGUACGAGUGCUUCCAGAUCGAGCUGUCUAAGAACUAUGGCGUAGCAGAGUGGAGGGAGGACAUUAAGAGCAUUAUGAUGAAGGCUGGCCUGAGGAACGUUCAGAUCACCUUCCUGUUUGUCGAUACGCAGAUUAAGAGCGAGUCCUUCCUGGAGGACAUUAACAACAUCCUGAACUCGGGCGAUGUGCCGAACCUGUACAGCGCGGAUGAACAGGAAAGAAUCCUGACCUCUAUGAAGCCCGUGGUGCAGGACCUCGGCCAGCAGCCCACCAAGGCCAACCUCAUGGCUGCUUACGUCAAAAGAGUCCGCAGCAACAUCCACACUGUGCUCUGCAUGAGUCCAAUCGGGGAGGUGUUCCGGGCGAGGCUCCGGCAGUUCCCCUCUCUGGUCACCUGCUGCACGAUCGACUGGUUCAGUGCCUGGCCACAGGAGGCGCUGUUGUCUGUGGCGGCGUCCUUCCUCAACGAGCUGCCUGAGCUGGAGGCCAGCCCUGCUGCCCUCAAAGGCCUGACAAUGAUGUGUGUGGAGAUCCAUCAAAUGGUGGCCCAGAAGUGUGAGCAGUACCGGGCUGAACUCUCCCGCUACAACUACGUCACACCUAAGAGCUACCUGGAACUUCUUAGUAUCUUCUCUAAUCUGAUUGGCCGGAAAAAGCAGGAGCUGCAUGGAGCUCGGCAGCGCAUGAAAACCGGUUUGGACAAGCUCCUGAGCACAGCUGAGGAUGUGAGUAAGAUGCAGGAGGAGCUGGAGACGACGCGGCCUCUCCUGGAACAAGCAGCCAAAGACACUGUCGUCACGAUGGAGAAAAUCAAGGAAGAUACAAUGGUUGCGGAGGAGACUCGUGCUGCGGUGCAGGAGGAGGAAGCUAAAGCAACUGAGAAAGCUAAAAUAUCAGGAGCCAUCGCCGCAGACGCUCAGAAAGACCUGGAUGAAGCACUUCCUGCUUUGGACGCUGCUCUGACCAGCCUGAAAUCUCUUAACAAGAAUGAUGUCACUGAGGUAAGGGGAAUGCAGAGACCUCCUCAAGGUGUGAAGCUGGUCGUUGAGGCGCUCUGCAUUAUGAAAGGCAUCCCACCUAAGAGGGUGGCUGGUGAGAAGCCUGGAACCAAAGUGGAUGACUACUGGGAACCUGGCAAGGGUCUUCUGCAGGACCCCGGGAAAUUCCUGGAGAGUCUAUUCAAGUUUGAUAAGGACAAUAUCCCGGACUCUGUCAUAAAACUGGUGCAGCCGUACAUAGACAACGAGGAAUUCCAGCCGGCCUCCAUUGCCAAAGUGUCCAAAGCCUGCACGUCCAUCUGCCAGUGGGUGCGAGCCAUGCACAAGUACCACUUUGUGGCCAGAGCUGUGGAACCCAAACGACAAGCUCUUGCAGAAGCACAGAAAGACCUGGCAGUAACGCAGCGUGUUCUAGAUGAGGCCAAAACCAAGCUGGCGGCGGUGGAGGAGGGCAUCGCCACCUUACAAGCCAAAUACCAGGAGUGCCUGGCCAAUCGUGACGAACUGGAGAGCAAGUGUCAGCUGUGUGAGGGCAGACUGAUCAGAGCAGACAAGCUGAUUGGAGGGCUGGCUGAUGAGAAGGUGCGCUGGAGUGAGACGGUGCAGCACUUGGAGUAUCUGGUGGAGAACGUAGCUGGAGACGUGCUGCUGGCUGCAGGAUACGUGGCCUACCUUGGACCAUUUACUGGCGAGUAUAGAGCCUCGAUGGUUGAGGAGUGGUUGCGUGGUUUUAAGGAGCAGCAGGUUCCCCACACAGCCGAGCCAAACCUCAUCUCCACCCUCGGAGACAAAGUCAAGAUCCGCUCCUGGCAGAUCGCAGGCCUGCCCAAGGAUAACCUCUCUGUUGAAAAUGGAGUGAUCACUCAGUAUUCACAGUGCUGGCCUCUGUUCAUAGACCCUCAGGGUCAGGCCAAUAAGUGGAUUAAAAAUAUGGAGCGUGAUAAAGGACUGGAUGUGAUGAAGCUCAGCGACAGGGACUUCCUUCGUAAUUUGGAGAACGCCAUACGGUUUGGGAAGCCUUGCCUGCUGGAGAAUAUAGGGGAGGAGCUGGACCCUGCGCUGGACCCUGUUCUGCUGAGACAGACAUAUAAGCAGCAGGGCACUACAGUACUGAAACUGGGAGAUACUGUUAUUCCAUAUCACAAUGACUUCAAGAUGUACAUCACCACCAAGCUUCCCAAUCCACACUACUCACCUGAGAUAUCCACCAAGGUCACCCUCAUCAACUUCACUCUCUCACCCAGUGGUCUGCAGGACCAGCUGCUGGGCCGGGUGGUGGCUGAGGAGAGGCCGGAUCUGGAGGAGGCGAAGAAUCAGCUGAUCGUGAGUGGUGUUCAGAUGAAGCAGGAGCUGAAGGAGAUCGAGGAUCAGAUCCUGCUCCGCCUCAGCUCGUCUGAGGGGAACCCUGUAGAUGAUGAGGAGCUCAUCCGAGUGCUGGGAGCCUCCAAGCUUAAAGCCGGAGAGAUCCAGGCUAAAGUGAAGGUAGCAGAGGAGACCGAGCAGGACAUUGAUGCGACGCGGUUGGAGUAUGUCCCCGUGGCCGUUCGCACCCAGAUCCUCUUCUUCUGUGUGUCUGAUCUGUCCAAUGUAGACCCCAUGUACCAGUACUCACUGGAAUGGUUCCUUGGCAUCUUCUUAGCUGGCAUCGCUAAGUCAGAACGGGCAGACACACUGGAGCAGCGCAUCAUCAACAUUAAUGAAUAUUUCACAUUCAGCCUCUACAGCAACGUGUGCCGCAGUCUGUUCGAAAAACACAAGCUCAUGUUCGCCUUCCUGCUGUGCGCUCGCAUCAUGAUGAACGACAAUAUGAUUGACAUGGCUGAAUGGCAGUACAUGCUCUCUGGAGGAACAGUCCAGCAGCAGCUGCCCAACCCAUCGUCCAGCUGGUUAUCAGAGCGAGCCUGGCAGGAACUGGUGGCCCUCAGCGAUCUGCCCAACUUUAGAGGCCUCGCUGACACUUUCUCUGAACAUGAGCUUCAAUACAAGGCCAUCUUUGACAGCAGCCACCCACACAGAGAGCCUCUUCCAGGUGAGUGGUGCAGUAAACUGGACAAUUUUCAGCGUUUGCUGGUGCUGCGCUGUCUGCGCGUGGAUCAUCUCACACACGGCCUACAGGACUUUGUAUCUGCGCAGUUGGGCCAGCGUUUUAUAGAGCCUCAGACGUCGGAUCUGUCUGCGGUCUUUCAGGAGUCAUCACCGUCCACUCCGCUCAUCUUCGUGCUGUCUCCUGGCACAGACCCCGCCGCUGACCUCUACAAAUUCGCUGACGUCAUGAAGUUCUCCAAGAAAAUGAGUGCCAUCUCACUGGGCCAGGGCCAGGGCCCCUGGGCUGAAGCGAUGAUGCAGAGUGCGAUGGAGAAAGGGGAAUGGGUGUUCUUCCAAAACUGCCACCUCGCCCCCAGCUGGAUGCCCUCCUUAGAGAGACUCAUUGAGAAUAUUGACCCCAGCAAGGUCCAUCGGGAUUUCCGUCUUUGGCUCACCAGCCUCCCCAGCAACAGGUUCCCAGUUUCCAUCUUACAGAACGGAUCUAAAAUGACCAUCGAGCCGCCGCGGGGCAUCAAGGCCAACCUGCUGAAGACCUACAUGAGCCUGAGCGAUGACGUCAUCAACUCCUGCUCCAAGACUGCAGAGUUUAAGUCUCUGCUGCUGUCUCUGUGUCUGUUCCACGCCAUCGCUAUUGAGCGCAGGAAGUUCGGACCGCUGGGCUUCAACAUCCCGUACGAGUUUACAGAUGGAGAUUUGCAAAUUUGCAUCAGCCAGCUCAAAAUGUUCCUUAACGAGUACCAGGACAUCCCCUUCAAGGUGCUGAAGUACACUGCUGGUGAGAUUAAUUACGGGGGUCGUGUAACAGACGAUUGGGACCGCCGCUGCAUUAUGAACGUGCUGGAGGAUUUCUACUGUCCGGCUGUUCUGAACCCGAACCAUAUCUACUCGGCUUCUGGAGAGUACCGUCAGAUCAGCACCGACCUGAACGUCAGGGACUACCUGGCGUAUAUACGGAAUUUACCCAUCAACGACACGCCUGAGAUAUUCGGCCUGCACGACAACGCCAACAUCAGCUUCGCCCAGAACGAAACGUUCGCCCUGCUGGGAGCCGUCGUCCGGCUGCAGCCCAGAGCAGCUUCCAGUGGGGGUAAAGCCAGGGAGGAGAUUGUGGAGGAGAUUGUGGCUGGAAUCAUGGAGAAAAUUCCCAACCCCUUCAACGUGCAGGAAGUCAUCACCAAGUACCCAGUGAUGUAUGAGGAGUCUAUGAACACUGUGCUGAUCCAGGAGGUUAUCAGGUAUAAUAAGUUGUUAGCAGUGAUCUCUCGGAGUCUCAGUGAUCUGGUGAAGGCCCUGAAAGGUUUGGUGGUGAUGUCAUCAGAGCUGGAGCUCAUGGCUAACAGUCUCUUCAUCAAUGCUGUUCCAGAAAUGUGGAAAACCAAGGCGUACCCAUCUCUGAAGCUGCUGGGCUCCUGGGUGUCGGACCUGCUGCAGCGCAUCAGGUUCCUGAACGAUUGGAUCUCUGGCGGCAUUCCCUCCGUGUUCUGGAUCAGCGGAUUCUUCUUUCCACAGGCCUUCCUGACCGGCACUCUGCAGAACUUCGCCCGCCACGCCGUCCUCUCCAUCGACGCCGUCAGCUUCGGCUUUAAGGUGAUGAAGCAGCCGGUGGUGGAGUUAACAAAGCGUCCGGAGUCGGGCUGCUACAUUCACGGCCUGUUUGUGGAAGGAGCUCGCUGGGAUCCCCUCGCUGGCCUGCUCACCCAAUCACGGCCCAAAGAGCUCUACACAGAGAUGGCCGUUAUCUGGAUGAUCCCUGUGCCCAACCGCAAACCCCCUCAGUCUGGCGUCUACAUCUGCCCCAUCUACAAAACACUCACACGCGCUGGAACUCUGUCCACCACUGGUCACUCCACCAACUACGUGAUUGCAGUGGAGCUGCCCACGGACCAAAGCCAGCAGCACUGGAUCAAGCAAGGGGUGGCGCUAAUAUGUGCUCUGGACUACUGAACACACACAUGCCACACACACACACACAGCCAUAUAUACACACAGCACACACACAGCCAUAUAUACACACAGCACACACACAGCCAUAUAUACACACAGCACACACACAGCCAUAUAUACACACAGCACACACACAGCCAUAUAUACACACACCACACACACAGCCAUAUAUACACACACAGAAGCACCCACUCUCUUUCUCACACACAGUGUCUUGGCAGGAAGUUCACACUGAACCAGUUUACUAUUUAAAACUCUUUUCUGAUAAACGUGUUUUUAUAUGCCAGCACUUGUUCUCACACUUGUAAUCUGUCAAUCAAAUACUGUCAGAGCACUUCAACAAUAAAGUUUCCUUCAGCA